UCACUAGGUCUCACUGCACAUCUGCUGUUAUUUCUCAACUCCUGCACUGUGCUUGUCCCUACGACGCACACCCGAGAUGUCUAUUCCUCUGCUGAAGGCUGCUGCGCGUCACAGCCCGCGUCGCGCCAGCUCUUCGCCGCGCUUGUGGUCAAGCCCGUGUCGUCAUGCGUCCACAAGUUAUGGGGCUACUCAACAUACAUCUGCUGGCGACCAUCUCGCCAGCCGUAUACAGCGUGCGGCCCUCGGCGGCGGAAUUCUGACUGUCGCGUCAGCGGCCUACUACUAUGCUUCGCAGCCGGUAGUGCACCUCGACGGCGAUGCAGCCCUCACAGGAGGUCCGCAACCAAAGCGCGCCACCAAGACCACAAUGCAGCCCAAUGUUCCGAAGAGCGCGCUCGGGGCACAAUACGGUUCGCACGAAGAUGUUCAGAAGGCGAUCGAAGAACUCCGGACUGCCAUUCCGCGGGAGAACGCCGUGAACACAGACCCGCAAGUUCUGCAGCUCUACGGGUCCUCGGACAAAUCGUAUCACCCGACGGCGCCACACUCGGUUGUUGUGCAUCCACACAGCACGGAGGAGGUCGUCGCGGUUGUCAAUAUUGCGCGAAAGUACAAAGUUCCGAUCGUGCCCUAUAGCGGCGCGACGAGUCUUGAGGGCCAUUUCUCCGGGUAUCCGUCUGGGAGCAUUUGUAUCGAUUUAUCCGGCAUGAACAAGAUUCUCGAGAUACACGAGGAUGACAGUGACCUCGUAUGCCAAGCCGGCGCACGAUGGGAAGACAUUAACGAGACGCUGAAAGAGAAGGGUAUCCCACUCUUCUUCCCACUCGAUCCUGGCCCCGGAGCAACCAUUGGCGGAAUGAUCGGCACAGGCUGUUCCGGCACAAAUGCAGUGCGGUAUGGUACUGCCAGGGGCGAGUGGUUCCUUAACAUGACUGUCGUUUUGCCCAACGGUAAAGUUAUCAAGACCCGUCGCCGCGCACGGAAGUCGUCGGCGGGCGUUGACAUGACCAAGCUAUUCAUCGGCGCCGAGGGCACCCUGGGUAUCGUCACUGAGGCGACAUUACGUCUAGCACCGGUUAUCCCCUCCAAGGUUGCGAUGGCUCAGUUCCCGGACGUCGAACACGCCGUCUCUGCGGUGCAAGAGAUUUUGAACACGCCAGCGGGCCCACACAUCCAAUGCGUAGAGCUACUAGACGACCACAUGAUGAAAGCCAUCGCGGACGCAGGGCUCGUCUCCGAGCCGUACCCGAGCCGCGACACACUCUUCUUCAAAAUCCAGGGCGACCCAGCCGCGAUCGACUCCACGACGCGGACUGUGCAGGACGUCGUCGCGAAGCACCGCUCCGUGAACUUCGUGUUCGCUAAGACGGCGGACGAGGCGGAGGAGCUCUGGGAGAGCCGCAAGUACGCGCUCAUGAGCACGAUCGAGAGCGAGGAGGGCGCGCGCUGCUGGACGACGGACGUCUGCGUCCCAGUGUCGCGACUGCCGGAGCUGGUAUACGAGACGAAGAAGGACCUAGCGCGGUCUGGCCUGCGGUCGACGAUCGUGGGGCACGUCGGCGACGGCAAUUUCCACGCAUUCAUCCUGUUCAAAACCGAUGACGAGCUGAAGGCGGUCAGCGACGCCGUGCACCGACUCGUCCACCGUGCUAUCGCCCUGGAUGGGACUUGCACUGGGGAACACGGCGUCGGCGUCGGCAAGCGAGAAUACCUCACAGAGGAGCUGGGGCCGGACACCGUCGAGCUGAUGUGGACGAUAAAGCGAGCGAUCGAUCCCCUGGACAUCAUGAACCCUGGCAAGCUCUACCCCGAUAUGCCUGUAGAUAGCGAGCGGCCGCGGGCGUAGCGAAGCCCGCCGCCACCGGGGAGAUUUACGCGAGCCUGAGCAUCAGGCGGCUAGAAGGGCGCGCUGCGGCUGUUAGUAGCAACUUGGAUUGAACUCAGCCAAGCGUUGUGUGUCCACCCCUCUUAGCGAUCAAUGCGCGCAGCAUCCUCAUAUGGCCUGGCUUGGACAUACCUCACCC